UCUCUCUCUCUCUUCCUCCUUUUAAUAAGAAAAAAGAAGAGACACUUGUACAAACUCAUUGAGAGAGAGCUCAAACUCUCUCUCUUUCUCUUUCCUCUCUCUUUUUGUUGAUCAUCUUUCAUUUUCUCUUCACACACCAUUAUCAAACUCUUCAAGAUUUUGAAGAGAAAGGGAAAAAGGGGUUUUGAGUUUUUGACACAAUGGUUCCAUCUUGUUUUAGCCAUUCCUCCAUCUCUUCCACACUCUCCAAUGAACCAUUUCAACCACAAUCCCUAAUUAGUUGCAUUUACCAAACCAAUCUCUUCAACCAUUCACCUCCCACUCUUCUCACCCUCACUUGGUCCUUAUCUCUCUCUUCUCAUUCUCUCUAUCUCCAUUCCUCUCCUUCUUCUUCCUCUUCCUCUUCCUCUUCCUCUCCCUCUCUCUCCACCACUAUCUCUCUCUCCCCUUCCUCUUUCUCCCUUUUCUCUCCCACUUCCAAAUCCAUCUCUCUCCCUGACUCCCACAAACUCAAACUCCAUUGGGACUUCUCUAAAGCUAAGUACACUCCCAAUUCAGCUCAACCCAUUUCUUCUUUCUACCUCGCUAUCACUUGUGAUGGCAAGCUUCACUUCUUCAUUGGCGACCUCCUUGAAGAUUUCGCCCGACGGGCUAAGACCAUUUCCCUCUCCGAUCCUUCCCUACGGGAGGACUACUCGACGCUCUUGUCCCGUCGGGAACACGUGUUUGAACGGCGGAAUUGCUAUGUCUCGAGGGUCGAAUUCUUGGGAUCACAACGAGAGAUCGCUGUUGAAUUGUGUAGCGGAAUCCUGAAAGUCUCUGUCGAUGGAGAGGUUAAACUUGUCGUGAAGCGACUCGCAUGGAAGUUCAGAGGAAACGAGAGGUUCUUCAUCAGUGGCAACGCCGUCGACUUCUUUUGGGACGUUUUCAAUUGGGUCAAAAGUGAAGGCGGCGCCGGCAGCGGCGGACCGGGAGUUUUUGUUUUUCAAGUCGGAGAAGGUGGGGUUUGGCCAGAGGUCAUCGGAGCCGAAGGGAAGUUGAUGAAGCGGUGCUUAUCAUCGUCGGCGGCGGCGGCAGGCAUUGGGUCGACGCCAGCAGCUGCGUUUCCCGCAAUGUCGCCGGCGGGUUCGAACUCGAGUGUGUUACAAUGGGCGGAGGAGAGUAGCAGCGACGGGGGAAGGAGUUCGUGUUCGUCGUCGUCAAGGUCAGGCGGAAUCAAUGGCGGAUUCUCUCUGCUGUUGUACGCUUGGAGGAAGAACUAAAAACUCAGAGGUUUUUUCUUUGUUAAGUGUCGAAAACUAAAAAAAAAAA